AUGGCGGUUCAGAAAAAACACGGAAAAGGUCGUUUGGAUAAGUGGUAUCACUUGGCUAAGGAGAAAGGAUACCGAGCAAGAGCUGCGUUCAAGCUUGUCCAAUUGAACAAGAAAUAUGGCUUUCUGGAAAAGAGCAAGGUUCUUCUGGAUUUGUGCGCUGCGCCUGGUUCCUGGUGUCAAGUAGCUGCAGAGUGCAUGCCCAACCAGAGUAUCAUCGUCGGUGUUGAUCUUGCCCCCAUUAAGCCAAUUCCUCGAGUUAUUUCAUUCCAGAGCGAUAUCACCACGGACAAAUGUCGCGCGACAAUUCGAUCUCAUCUCAAACACUGGAAAGCAGACACGGUCCUGCACGAUGGUGCGCCAAACGUCGGUACCGCGUGGGUUCAGGAUGCGUUCUCCCAGGCAGAACUGGUCUUGCAAUCCAUGAAGUUGGCUACGGAGUUCCUGGCUGAGGGCGGUACCUUUGUCACCAAGGUUUUCAGAUCGAAAGACUACAACGCUCUGAUUUGGGUCUUCAAGCAACUGUUCGCGUCCGUCGAAGCCACCAAGCCCCCGUCUUCGCGAAAUGUCUCGGCAGAAAUUUUCGUCGUUUGCCGUGGAUUCAAGGCAGCGAAGCGUAUCGACCCGAAGUUCCUCGACCCCAAGCAUGUCUUUGCGGAACUGGCUGAUCCCACUCCGAACUACGAGGCGAAGGUUUUCGACCCCGAAAAGAAGAAACGAAAGCGGGAAGGUUACGAGGAGGGUAAUUACACUCAGUUCAAAGAGAUCCCGGUUACCGAGUUCAUCAACACUAUCGACCCCAUCGCUAUUCUCGGAGAAUACAACAAGCUUAGUUUCGAUCAGGCACCGGCAGGAGACCUCGCCAUGGCUACUUUGAAUCGACUUGAGGAGACCACUGAUGAGAUUCGCGCAUGCUGUGAGGAUUUGAAACUCCUGGGAAAGAAGGAAUUCCGGAACCUGCUCAGAUGGCGACUGAAGGUUAGGGAGAAGUUUGGUCUUGUCGUUAAGAAGGGUCCUCGUAAGCCUGAGGAGCAGACCGAAGAAGUGGCGGAGGUUGCUCCUAUGGAUGAUGAACUCGCAAUCCAGGAGGAACUACAUCGUCUAACAGAAAAAGAAAGCGCGGCGAGAAAGAAAGAGCGGAGAAAGGAAAACGAAAAGAAGCGCAAGGAGAUCGUCCGGAUGCAGAUGCACAUGACAACGCUUAUGGAAAUUGGUAUGGAGCAGCUGGGUCCAGGAGGAGACGAUGCAACCUUCUCCCUCAAGCGUGUCGACAGAGAGGGAGCGAGAGAUGCAAUUGCAUCGGGAAGACAGGCCAUAGUUGAGAGCGAGAGUGAAGAAUCUGACUCUGAUUCUGAAUCCGAGACCAGCGAUGAUGACGGAGACCGGUUGGAGAGAGAGCUUGACAACUUGUACGAGCAAUACCAGGACCGUCAGGAAGAACGUGAUUCGAAAUUGCGCGCUAAGAAGGCACGAAAGGAGUACGAAGCCGACGAAUGGGACGGCUUUUCGGACUCUGACAAGGAAGGAAGCGAUGGCGAAGCCGAAGAAGAGGGUUCGGACGCUGAAGCUGAGAGCACCCCUGGUAACGCGUCCAAGUCCAAAGCGUUGUCCAACAACGCGGCCAUGUUCUUUGACCAAGACAUUUUCCAGGGCCUAGGUGACGAAGAUGUGGAAGAUGAGGACAGCGCAGACGAAAAGCAGGAGGACGAGGAACCUAAAGAGGAGGUGAAAUCGAAGAAGCAGAAGGCCAAGGAUGCAAAGAAGCAGGAGCAGGAGCAAGCUGCGCAAGAGUCUGAUGAAGAGGUUGAAGAGCCUGAGGAUCCCAGGAAGGGCAAUGGCCAGCUUGAUAUCGAUAUCAUUACUGCAGAAGCUAUGGCACUAGCGCAGUCAAUGGCCACCGGCGAGAAGAAAUCCUCAGACCUCGUCGACGACGGAUACAACAAGCACGCCUUCCGCGAAGUCGAAGGUCUUCCGGACUGGUUCCUCGACGACGAGAACAGACACGCCAACCCCAACCGCCCCAUCACCAAGGCCGCUGCGGCCGCGAUCAAGGAGAAAAUGCGUGCCAUCAACGCCCGCCCCAUCAAGAAGGUGAUGGAAGCGAAGGGCCGCAAGAAGAUGAGGGCUGCGACGAGAUUGGAGCGUCUGCGCAAGAAGUCGUCAUUGCUGGCGGAGGACGACGCGCUCAGCGAACGGGACAAGUCGGCAGCCAUUACGGCGAUGAUGGGCAAGGCGGCCAAGAAGAAGCCCAAGCAGCAGGCAAAGCUUGUUGUUGCCAAGGGAGCCAACCGUGGUAUCUCUGGCCGUCCUCGUGGAGUGAAGGGCAAGUACAAGAUUGUGGAUUCGCGUAUGAAGAAGGAUAUCCGGGCUCAAAAGAGGCUGGCGAAGAAGAAGUCGAAAUAA